AUGAAGCUUGCCUUUUCAGCCGCUUGUGUUGCGGCUCUAUCGUCGGAGACUUUGGUCAAACUCGCGUUGGCAAACCCAGGAGUCCCUCCGGUGCCAUCCUGUCCACCAGGUUUCGCGUUGGAACAGAGAGGUUGCGUGAGGACCAGACAGGUUCCACCCAUUAUGCGGUGCGCGAAGAAGUCUGUUUUGGCGGGGAACGAAUGCGUGGCAACAGACUAUGCUCCAAGCGUCGAGGUGUGCCCCGAGGGCUUCAUCGAGAAAAACCGCAAAUGCCGGAGAGUUAUCAACGCCCAACCAGAACUCGGCUGUAAACCGGGUUUUACAUUGCAGAACGGUGGCGAUUGCAUCCGAGUCGUAGAGGACGACAUCAUCACCCGCUGCCCUCCAAAGAGCAAACACACCAGCAAGGGAUGUGUGACCGUGGAGAAACUCGACGCUGUUCCCAACUGCCCACCAGGCUACGAGCUGAAGAAGAACGCAUGCAUCAGGGUGGAGGACAUUGAACCGGUCCCUUCGUGUCCCCAGGGAUUCAGGAUUGAAAAAGGGGCGUGCGUCCGUACAGGUGCAGUGCCGCCUAAAGUCUCGUGCCCCAAAGGGUAUAAACGACAAGACAAUGGAUGCGUACUUUUCGAGAAGUAUGACCUCGACGCAUUUUGCCCAGAAGGAGAAUACGACGGGAAGAAGCACUGCCGCAAAGUUACGCUGCAACCGCCUCUUCCCCACUGUCCUCCUGGAUUCACUUUCGAGAACGGCGAGUGCGUUCGCGUCCAGGAGGAUAUUGCGAGGCUGGAGUGUGACAAAGGAUUUGCCCUGCACGGGAACAGAUGCGUGAAGGAGAUUACGGUCGCCGCGGAACUUCAGUGCCCGCCCGGCGCGAUGUUGAUGAAAGACAAGUGCGUGACUUUGACGACAGAAAAACCUGCUCUUACAUGUCCAGAUAAGUUUAUCAUGGCGGACGGGAUCUGCAAGAGCGCAGAUGUUCGACCUGCGGAAUUUUCGUGUCCCAAGGGCUAUACAAUAGACAGAGUAACCGGUGGAUGCACCCGAUCUACCACGGCAAAACCCGCGCUUUCUUGUGAACGUGGAGAGCUGAAAAAAGGAGAAUGUUCCAUGAUACAGACAGUCCCCGCAGAAACCGCCUGCAUCUCCGGCGGAACGCUGACACCUGAAGGAUGUCUCUUCGUCGACACAGCUCCUCUCAGCCACAGAUGUGGCACGAACUUCAAAAUGGACAUCAAGGGCCAAUGUUCGACAGUCGAGACCAUCGAACCUGAGUACAUUUGCCCUCCGGGGUUCGUUCGAUCCGGAACCAAAAAGGCCACAUGCGAGAGAUUCCUGACUUCCCCGCCAGCUAUCAAGUGCCCGGCGGGUUUUGAACCAGCCGGCACGAAGUGCAUGAAGACGACGCUCGUCGAGCCCAUAGCCGCCUGCCCUCAAGGGUUUGUUUUCCACGAAGGCGCUUGUAUCCCCUACAAGGCGAACGGCAAGAAGAAGCUGUAG